CCCUCAGAUCAAAUCCUUCAGAUUUCUCUCUGCAUUUCAAUGGCGCCGCGGAAGAUGCAGAUCACAAAGUUUCUUGGCGAGGGUUCUUAUGGUUCUGUCAAGCUCGUCAAGUUCACCGUCGAAGGAGGUGGCUCCGUUUACAACGCCAUGAAGACAAGCAGCCCGGAGAAUUCCGAGAAUCUUCUCAAAGAGUUUGAGAUUCUUUCCAAGUUCCGAGGUUGUCCAAGGAUCGUCCAAUGCUACGGGGACAGGGUGGUACAGAAGGAGACUAAGAAAGGCGACAAAGAAUUCAGAAUGUUCAUGGAAUAUGCAUCAGGAGGCACUCUCGCCGAUCUCAUGGACAGACACGUCAAUCGAAGACUGCCCGAUCGGUUGAUCAAAGAGUUCACCCGCAUGAUUCUCGAGGGUUUGGUUGUCAUCCACGGACACCAUUACAUUCACUGCGACCUCAAACCCGGCAACAUCCUCGUGUUUCCCAAGGAGAUGAGUACAUGCAGCUCGGCCUAUGAGAUCAAGAUUUCAGACUUCGGGUUAUCGAGAGAGGUCAAGAAAGGAGAUUCGCAGACUCCGUUUAUCGGAACAACGCAAUACAUGUCACCAGAGUCAGCCUGUGAAGGCGAGAUCGGGACGGCACACGAUCUGUGGUCGUUGGGAUGCAUCGUGCUGGAGAUGUUCACUGGAGUGCUUCCCUGGUCGACAAGCGAAGAUUAUUACAUAUUGCCUUUCCUAGCGAUUGGUCAUGCGCCCAAGAUUCCAGAGACUCUGCCUUGCGACGCAAGAAAUUUUAUAGAAACUUGCUUUGCAAGCAAUCCGGAAGAAAGAAGCAGCGCUACCAUGUUGUUGGAGCAUCCAUUCUUGCACGAGGAGAAGCCUCAAGUGGACAACAUUGUUAGAUGCGCUCAUAGGAUGCCUCCGCCCGGGUUCGACGUUCUUCCGCCUGGAUUGACAUGA